AGGAGAAGAAGCAGUGGAUGGAAAAGAUCUGCCAGAUGCAAGAUGACUUUGCUGCCAUGCGCAUCGAGUACGACGCUCUUGUUGCUGAGAAGGAGAACUGGCACCGCGAGUCCAUGGAGAUGCACCACAUGGUCAACCAGCUCCAGUUCGACAAGGAGGAGCUUGUGCGCAACCACACUCUUGAAACCGGCGAGCUUCGCAAGAAGGUCUCUGUCCUUACUGAACGCCUCGAGGCUGCUAGUAGCAACGGCAUGGCUGCUGCACCUAGCUCUACCUUCACCGACUUUGCCUCUGAGAUGGACAACCUCAACAUGGGCAACAGUGACUGGGACAACUACAUCUUCGUCAACGACUUCGCUUCCGACGACCAGGCCACUCCCCAGCAGAACCAAGAACUUUCUCUUGUAUCCCGCAACAAGGACGAGGACAAGCCCGUCGCUUCUGGUCUUCUGCUUAUGCUCCUACUUUGCGGUGCCUUUGUCGCAAGCAAGUCCGGUAGCGCUCAGCCUCCCAUUCCUCGCAUGCCUGACGAGGUCCGUGCCGCUUCCGCUACUGUUCUCGACAGCAUCUUCAAGGAUGCCGGUGUGUCAUCUGCCAUGGGUGAGCAAGGUCUCAUUGCCAGCCACGUCACUGGUCUCGAGCCUACGCCUUCCGGCAUGGCUUGGCCAAAGACAACCAUGUCUGGCUCUGAACUCGCUGGUAUCUCUGGCUCGCAUCUUGACCAACUGCACUCUCAUCUCACUGGACCCACCAAGGAGCAAGAGCAUGAGCAGCUGUUCUCCAUCACGCCCGACCAGUACAACAGCAUGACCUCUCUCGACUUUACUCGCUCGCGCUACAGCAUGACCAGCGAUGACCUCAGCGAUCCCCUGUCCCCUGGCUCUCAGCCUUCGCAUCGUCGCAACCUUGCCGAGACCCUCGCCGCCAUGCGUGAGCAAAGCAAGGGUGACUCUGCUGCCGAGAUCUACACUCGCAGUCUGCUCUGGGACAAGAUCGCCCCCGAGGUCGUUCACGAGUUCAAGCGCAUCGUCGAAGAGUCUGCUGCCAUGUCGCGACCCAGUACAUCUGACGGCACCAAAGUCGAGUGCUAA